AUGACUAGUCUUGUGAAAAUUCCCUAUUCCUAUUUGAGAGGGAAAAUCACAUCACUCUCCACAAAGUUCCAAGUCAAACCUACUAUACUCAAUGUACUUAAAAAACCCAAGGCAGUCGAAUCUCUAGGUUCAAUUCGCAUACCUCCUUCGGUAUCACAGUUUUCUUUGAAAAAUGCAUACAUACCACUCUCUCGAAGAACGCUUGUACGCGAACUCUUGCAGGAUAGUAGUAUAUUGCUGCAGUCUGAAAGGAAAGCUUUCGAAAAGCUAGCUGUUUUUCUCGAUAAAAAGCUUGAAAGUCAGUUUCAGAUUCUUCAAAGUGAAUUUUCGAUCCUCUCCCAACCCACUGAUAUUGUGAGUUACUUUGAAGAAACUACUUCAUUAUCCCUUGAUGAACCUAACAAUCCCAACGAACUUGAUCGGGAAUUCUGGUUCCUCCGGCGUCUGUCAGAUAUUGCCCCAGUAGCUGGUUUCAUUGAAGUACCACAAGAGCAAUUACAACAGGCUUGUAAUUCACUCAAAUCAAAAAAUCAUGGCCUAAUAGCUUAUGUAGAUCCAAAUGAUUACGAUGUACUUCGUUUCUGGAUUCGUGGAUUCCAUCCAGAUUUCAAUGCCAGUCCUGCAUGUUCUACUGUCUUUAACUCAAAAAUACCUAUUUCGAAUAGGGAGAACAAGUUUAACGCAAUUAAUAAGCUGUCCACGUAUACAUCUCGAUUUGUCAGUAUGCUUAAAAGAUCAAUAAAGCGUAGUUAUUCUCCAAAUGUAUACGGAUAUGAAUCUGUUGACACAUUGACUACUGAUUCAGAUGGAUUUUAUUUUGGUCGAGUAUUGAUGUGUGUACGCAGAAAGAACAGUAAUAAUUUGGAUUUGAAACUUUUUGAGAACGUUCCCGUGACAGGUAUUAUACGCAAUUCAAAUUUCGCCAAUAAUCUAUUAUAUCUUCUACCGAAUUUACGUACAAUUCCAUUGAGUAAAAGUGCACGUUUUGUAAUUCUAAUGAGUACAGCUACUGCCGCUGGUUGUUUAGGCGUUAUUAGUCCAAUUGCUUGGUUGUUUGAUUUAAAUCCUGAUCUAGUAUUAGCAUGGUCUAUGGCUGUAACCGCUAGCGCUGGAGCUACUCUAUGUCUGGUAUGGGCGCGUUAUUGGCGUGCACAAACUAAUUUAGCCAAUAAUCUGAAGUAUAUGCAAUAUCUGUGCUGUCAAAGCUCCGGCUUACAAUCGAUUAAUAUUUUAUUGAAAUUGGCACAUGAACAAGAAUUCAAAGCAGCUUUACUCACAUAUGCCUUACUGCUUAGACCUACUGAAAGUAAUACUCCUCUGAAUCCCAUGCAAUUGGGUUUAAGUGCUGAAUCUUGGAUCGCAAAGAGGCUUUCACCUCAAUCUCAUGUUUCAUUACCACCAUCUAUUGGUUUGCCAAUUGUCAACGAUGCACAAGACUCACGUUUCAGUGGUGGUUCUGGACCUUUAUUUGAUUUGUCAUUUAAUGAAGAUAGAUCUUUACAGAUUCUGAGACGUUUAGAUCUGGUUCGUGGUCCUAAAUCAUCGCCUAGUGCAGUGCAUCCAGCAACAGCGUCUUUAGAAAUUCCAAGUGAUAUUUCCAAUUCCAUUGGAUUAAACCGAUUAUGGGUGAUUGAUCCACUAGGCAAAGAAUCAGACUUGAAUUCAGUCAAACCGAAUUGA